AUGGAACAUACGAUAUCUUUUGCAGAACGAAACGCUGGACUCCAAGUGGGAGUGAGCAAUGCUUCCAUCUCUGCAAACUUCUAUUCCCAGCAACCCGUUAAGUCGUGCAUCGAACAGGACCAGGCUUCGCUAAUGAUGUCUGGUUCAGAAAGACCCGAGACACCGCCGUGUCCAUUAUCUACUGUUCCCUUUCGUCGCGACCCAUACUUUGUUGAACACGGGACACUAUUUGACCUGAUCCGCGAAAAAUGUUUGGCACCGGCAUCUAGAAUCGCACUGGUGGGCCUCGGCGGCGUGAGGAAGUCGCAGCUUGCUAUCGAUACUCUCAUAGAGUCCGGGAACACUCCCCAGAAACGUGGGUUUUUUUGGAUCCAUGCUAGCAACAUCGCUCGUUUCGAGCAGGGUUUUCGGGAGAUUGCAGACCGAGUGAAAAUCGCUGGGCGGCAGGAUCCCGAGGCCAAUAUAUAUCAGCUUGUUCAUGAAGCCGUGGCGCUCGGAAUAGUCGAAGAACGCGACAUCAUCACCGUGCACCCGAUGGAUGGAAACCACGCCCAGACACUUUUCGAGGCGAAGCUUGGGAUACCGGAAAACUCGAAGGGCAUUAUGAAGCUGACAGCGGCACUUGAGUACAUGCCACUUGCAAUCGUCCAGGCAGCAUCCUACAUCAGGCAGAGAGCUCCCCGUUCUUCAGUGAAGCAAUACCUUCAACAGUUUGAAAGCAGCGACAGUAGAAAGCUGAGCCUCCUUGAGCAUGAGGAUGUGCACUACGGCGAGACUGGGGGGCCAGAAAUUCUAUUAUUCGCACUUGGCAAAUAUCAUUCGAUCACGUCCUUCAGGAACGGCCAUCAGCCGCAAAUCUCCUGGCAUUGA